AGGUAGAGAGAAACGGUGUAGUUCAGGGCGGCUUCCUCUCUCAGUGUCAGUCUAGCUACCUCUUCUUAUCCUUCUCUCUCCCUCUCUCUUUCUCUCAAUCUCUUUCUCUUUCCCAUCUCUUGGUGUCUCGUUGUCUCUCCAGCGCCUCCGUCAGUGUUCCAGCAUUCUCGUUGUUCUCGUAAGCCGCGCCCUCUCGUCCCUCGCCUCAAGUAUUCUCCCUUCUGCGCCUUCGUCGGUGUCUUGAACAACUGCAGUAUUCUCCCUUCGGCAGGUAUUCAGAAUGCUGAGGUGACGAGAGGUUAAGGCGAGACACCCAUCAGGCGGCGCCCGGACCUGACGUGACGGAGAACAGAAAACGGAGACCAAGAAGAAGAAGCAGCAGAAAUUAGCCGCUCUGAAACCCUCAAGAAAACCCAGAGACGCGGCGCACGAAACACCGCCGUUCUACUGAGGAAGGGACAGGAUGGUAUACUUAAAGACCAUGCUGGUAAGGCGGCGAGGCGUCCUACUGAAGCUCGUGGUGGCUCUCCCGGCGCUGUGGCUCUUGGGGUCUCUGGUCACGCUGUCAGAGAAAACGGAGAAAGAAGGAGAUAUGGAACUCCCGGCCGCUAUGAGAGCCAGAGACAGCUUACAGCAGCAGCAACAGCCGCCUCCGCCGCCGCCACCCGUGCAGCUGAAGGACGAUGAGGAGAGGAAGGCGGAAGGACAAGUGCGUCAGAGAGAACUCCCUGUUGACGUCGCGAAACCUAAAGUCGAAUUGAGAACGAAGACCCAAGAACCACACGAGAUACAUCCCGAGGGCGGAGUGCUGCUGCCCCCCAGGAACCCAACGGCCCUGGGGAGAUGGGCAAGCCAGUGGUGCUGCCCAAGGACGUGGAGGCGCAGGUAAAGAAGAAGGUAGACGAGGGAUGGAAGAACAACGCCUUCAACCAAUACGUGUCUGACAUGAUCUCUGUUCACCGCUCGCUUCCUGACCCCAGAGAUGAGUGGUGCAAGGCUCCGGGCAGAUUCCUGGAGAACCUGCCGGAGACUUCAGUGAUCGUCUGCUUCCACAACGAGGCGUGGUCUGUACUCCUCCGCACCGUGCACUCCAUCCUGGACCGCUCCCCGCCUCAGUACCUCAAGGAAAUCAUUCUCGUUGACGACAACUCCGACAUGCCUCACCUGGCCAAACAGCUGGAUGACUACAUGGAGCAGUACCCGAAGGUGCGCAUCGUGAGGGCGCCCAAGAGAGAGGGUCUGAUCCGCGCCAGACUCAUGGGGGCAAGACACGCCACCGCCCCUGUCCUUACUUUCCUCGACUCCCACUGCGAAUGUACUACAGGUUGGCUGGAGCCGCUGUUGGACCGCAUAGCUCGAGACCCGACCAACGUGGUGUGCCCUGUCAUCGAUGUAAUUAGCGACGACACCUUCCAGAUCAGACUGUCCAAGCCCAAGGACGUGCAAGUCGGCGGGUUCAGCUGGGGACUCAUUUUCAACUGGCACGCCAUUCCGAGCAAGGAGAGGGCGCGCCACCAGCACCCCGCCGAGCCUGUGCGAUCCCCCACCAUGGCAGGCGGCCUCUUUUCCAUCGACAAGGCCUUCUUCGAACGCCUGGGCACCUACGACUCGGGCUUUGACAUCUGGGGCGGCGAGAACCUUGAGCUGUCCUUCAAGACGUGGAUGUGUGGGGGCACUCUGGAGAUCGUGCCUUGCUCCCACGUGGGCCACAUCUUCAGGAAACGCUCCCCCUACAAGUGGCGAUCGGGAGUGAAUGUUUUGAAGAGGAACUCCAUCCGUCUCGCCGAGGUGUGGCUGGACGAGUACAAAAAAUAUUACUACGAGAGGAUCGGCUUUGAUCUGGGAGACUUCGGGGACGUGAGCGAGAGGAAGAGACUGCGUGAAAACCUGAAAUGCAAGUCGUUCAAGUGGUACCUGGACAACGUGUACCCUGAGCUCUUCGUGCCGGGAGACGCCGUGGCAUCCGGGGAGGUCCGCAACUUGGGUGCUGGUGGGUCCACUUGCCUCGACUCCCCUGCUCGUCGUGCUAACUUACACAAGCCAGUGGGCCUCUAUCCAUGCCACAAGCAGGGGGGCAACCAGUACUGGAUGCUGAGCAAGGAAGGGGAGAUCCGGCGAGAUGAAGCCUGCAUGGACUACGCUGGCAGUGAUGUGAUCCUGUACCCGUGCCAUGGCUCCAAGGGAAACCAGUACUGGGAGUAUAGCCCAGAGACGAACCGCAUCAUCCACGGCAGCAGCAAGAAGUGCCUGGCCAUCUCACAGGACCGUAAGAAGCUUGUCAUGGAGGACUGCAGUCUGGAGGAGGGUCGGCAAAAGUGGAAGUUUGAGAACUAUGACCCCAACAAAAAGCUAUGAAGAAAGUUCUAAUAAAUUGCAUAUUUGUUUUGUAAAUAUAUUUUUGAAGUGCCUGUUUGUACUUAUGUUUUUUAUAAUAAAGGGUGGGAAGAAUGACAUUUGGUUGGUUGGUUGCCUGUGCACAUACUGUAGUCACCCCUCCAUCUCCCCUUGGAGCAACGCGGCCUCCAAUGUGUGCAUCUGUGUGUCUGUCUGGGCUUCCCGUGCAAGUUUUUGUCUUGGCAGGAGGAGAAGAGCAUCUGUCAGCCACUCCUCACUCCUGCACCUUGUAUGCACACCCUUCACCUCCCAGCCACCUGCUGAUGCUUCUAUAUCAAAUGUUGGCUCUGCUCUCUAAGCAACCAUCCUUGUGCUUGUGGGGGCUGCCUGUGCAUUCCCAAGCUUGUCCUGAUGUCCUGGAACCCCUGCAACAAGAAAGAGGGACAUGACUAAUGGACAAGGUGGGCCCACAACUGUUCCUGUUUGUAACAAGAAAAGGGACAUUGUAAAGGAGGAUGAAGAUGGAGGUGACCGGAGGUGACCUGCAAGAAGAAUAAGGGACAAGAUAAAGAAAGGAUGAAGAUGUGAUGGCUUGUUACUGUUGUGUGAGAUUGUUGGUGUGAGAAAAGUAGUACAACUUGCAGGAGGUGACCUGUUUACUGUCCAUGAGAUGUGAUAAAGUCAAGGAUGAUAUGGUGUUGUGACCUGUGAUUGAUUAGAGAAAACCACCAGGACCUCCUAAUAAUAAGUAAGGUGUGGAAGAUUACUACUUACUAACUAAGGUUGUAUUUCAUCAAAGGUUGCUGAAGUGGAGUGAAAGAAAACAGUGUGAGUAAGAUGUGAUUUUCCAUGUUACAUCUGUGUGUGGCUUCUUGCUGCCAUCUGCCAAGGAGCACUACUUCUACUACCAUAGACUGCUGCCAUCAUAAUGCAUGGCCCCUGUGUUGUAUUUGUUGGUGAUGGAUAAAAUUAUAUGGGAAUGGGAUUUUGUAAUUAAUUUAUAUAUCAAAUGGAGCUGUAAUUAUUAAAUGCAAAAAAAUAUCAAUAGUGAUAAACUGUGCAGUCUUGUAUGCUUUUGUUGAGAAGUACAUAUCUUGUCUCUACUGUUACAUAUCAAAGAGGAAGCUGCUCAAGUGUUUUAGACAAAUUGGAAAGCCUGACUACUACUAAAAGCUAGCAUUGUUCUGUGCCUGUUGGGCAUCACAGGUUGAGUUACAGACAAGUGUUGCUCAGUUAGAAGACAAACUGUGUGCAUUAAAAAAUCAAUUGGUGCUAAGGUAAAUCUCACCCUUAUUUAGCAGCCAAGCUUACCAAGUCCAAGGUUAUAGCAUUAAGGACCAUAUUUUGAAACACUUCUGCCUGUCACUAUUUUCAAAAGGCUCCAGUUGAAGCAGCACAGGUUUUUAAGAGGGUUUCUAUAUGAUUUUUGUGACAGAUUUCAACAUGAUUAACAGGAAGGAGAAACACUCUUGAGAACCUGGCCGAUUUCAACAUGAUUAACAGGAAGGAGAAACACUCUUGAGAACCUGGCCAAUCAUCUCUGUAGCUUUCGAAAAUAGUCAUGGUAAGAGAACAGACCAUUUCUCAAUAUGGGCCUUAGAAGCUGUUUCAAGGAUUAUUAUAGCAUUAAAUGCUGUCUCAAGUCAUGAGUAUCCUUACCAGUAAAGAUAAUUUCAAACAUUCCAUUAAAUCCAAAUUCUAGACUGAUAAUUAUUUUUAUAAUAUAAAAAGCUCAAACAUUCCAGUGCUAAAUUAAAACUGAAGGAAAUUCAUACAGUACUUACGUACUUAAUGACAUGUAAUCUUAAGUUGUUGCCAGAUGCAUAAGUUUCACGCCAGUGUGGCACAGACGCUGCCAGCCAUAACUACACCGGAUCUGGAACUAAAUACUAUUAAGGGAGUUUUUACUUGCAGUAUACUUGAUGUAAUAGUUUGUAUACACCUGUACAUGAGCAGUAUUACCCAUGUAUGGCUUGAACAAUGUAGCCGGCCGAGGCUGGUGACUGGCAGACUGGUGCAUCAGCUAUUCUAACAUUACUUGUACUUAAUAUGCAGCAGAAGCAGCAGCAGCUAUGAAUUCAGAUCCUUUGUCUCAGUUCAGUCACUCCCUACCUGUAUGCAAAGUGACUGUUCACCUAUCCAUCCUGUUUACCUGUAUAUCCUCAUUCUUAGAGGCAGUAAUUAUUAUCUAAAGGUAAAUUGGUUGCUCAGAUCACUAAAAUUACUGAAAACCUGCUUACUACUCUAAGUUAAAAGGCUUCACUGUACAGACAACUUAACCAUUCUGUAAAAACAUGAAUAAACUUCCUUAUAUAAUGUAAACGUUUGUAAAGGCGUUCCAUUCUUGAUGGAAAACCAUGUGGGAAGUGAAGGGAAGGAACGCACUUUAUGACAACCGUAGGCUAGAGGUGUGAAUGACCUGAGCUGAUCUGUAUACUAGUUCUCAAAAACCUGUGCUGCAUUUGUUGUGUGCUACACCGAACCGAUUUAUUGUUUCUCUCUCUCUCUCUCUCUCUCUCUCUCUCUCUCUCUCUCUCUCUCUCUCUCUCUCUCUCUCUCUCUCUCUCCAGUGUGAAGGAAUAACACUGCAUGGCUGGACAACUUGAGAUGCUCUGCUGCACUCAAAAUCCUAUUGUGUGAUUCCUCAAAGGGUGCCUUAUUAAACAAUUCCUAUUA